CCAUGACGCUGCUCGCCCUCUGCGCGCUUCUGCUUACCGGGGCCGAAGCGUUCAGCGCCCCGGUCGCGCCGCGGGGGCUCUCGCGGACGGCGUCGCCCGCGAUGAAGCACAACGAGUACUACGGCCGGCUGGCCAAGGCUGAGGCCGGCCGUAUGCGACUGGUUUGCGUCAGGACCAACAACCACAUCUACGCCCAGGUUGUCGACGAUUCGCGCGGACACAUUAUGGCGUCGGCGUCGACCAUCGAGAAGGGCAACAAGCUGAGCUACGGAGGCAAUGUGGCGGCGGCUGUGGACGUGGGCAAGCGUGUCGCGGAGCGCGCCAAGGAGAAGGGUGUCUCCAAGGUCUACUUUGACCGCCACGGGAAGAAAUACCACGGCAGGGUAGCCGCGCUCGCCGACGCAGCGCGCGAGGCGGGCCUCGACUUCUGAGGCGGCUGUAGCAUCCCGUUCCCACUCGUUGUCUGCCCCCCUGUAUCUGCGCGAGGGUGAGGGCUCCGCGUGCACCACAUCGCGCGUCCUGUGUGGAUAAUCGCGUCGUGUGUGCGGUGCGAGAGUAGACCCGCGUGUUUUUUGCGCAUUUCGGGGCCCGCGUCCCGCGACGUCCGACGAUUGUCUUGCUCUUGACUCUUGCGAUUUACCUCACGCGCAGCCCAGACGGGUCUACUCUACCACAUCUAAAUAUACGCCUACCUCGAGUGCUCCUCGCUACCAACGCGUCGGCGUCGCCGUCGGCUCCCCGUGCCCCGAGCCCCGUGCACAGCGACCCUCAACCCGCCCCCUGGCGCCCUGCAGCCCGGGGCCCGCCCGCCCCUCGGCCCCUCACUGGUCGCUCCCCUGCCUCGUGCCUGCGCCCUGCCGGCGGCGGCGCUGUGCGGGCGCCCGCGCGGGCUGGCGGGUGCGCGGGUGCCCCCCGCGGGGUCCGCCACACGUGACUAUCGAGCGCGCGCCGCGCGUCCCGCGACACUCGGAGCUGACAGCGGUGGCCCUAGCUAGAGAAGUACUGGGCGUGCGGUCGCCCUCGCCGGCGGCUAGCUCUCACUGGUGCUCUCCUUGGCCAACUUCGCCUUCUUGCGCUUCUUCUUCGCCCUCUUCGGCUUCGGCGCGGACUCCAUGAAGCCCUCGACCAGUGCCUUGAACUGUGCCUGCGACUGCUCGAGCGCGUCUCGCGUCAGCUCCUCGAACCCGAUCGAGCCGAGCGAGCGAACGCCGUUGACCAGCGACUCGGCCUGCGACGUGGCGCUCUCGUUGCCACCUUGCCCGACC